UAUCCAAUAUGAUCAUCGACACACAAGACUCACCCACGCAAAAACACGAAGUUCUUUUCUUCAUCAAUGGCUUCUUGCAGCUUCCCAGAAGUACAUGCUUGGAUUCAAAGCCUUCCUCCACUGUCUCAAUGGAGGACGAAAUCGCUGUCCUUGUGCCUGUGUUCUUCUUCUUCUUCCUCUCAACCCCAACCAUCCCUCAGUCUCUCCAUUUCCAGAAACCCCGAUUCGCCCGCCGUCACCUUCUCUAUCGCUUUCGAGUUCAACCUCCACAUAUCUCUGUGGACCUCGAGGCUGUAUAGAAUCAACCCUAGCUCUCCCAGAUUGCUUGAUGAGGAGGCCAUGUUCGGUCUCCUCUGCAACUUCAUCGAAGAUGUUCUCCGCUACGGCUCGUACAAGAACGGUUCUUCUACGUCCUCGCCGAAGAUCCCGAAACCCUAUUCGUAUUCCUACUUCAGCGACAUCUUUAACCUGGCCUUCCUCACUCUCUCGCUCUUGAUUUGCAUCUAUGAGGCGCCUGCGAAUCUCCGCUCCUCAUGUCUCGACAGUCUCAAGGGUCACUUGAUCAACUGUCGAUCGCGAAACGAGUCGAAACUGCUCAUGAAUUUCAUUGGACCGAACCUAGAGGAGCAGUGGAUGCGAUCCGUGAACCUAGCGAUCACCAACUGGAUUCUAGAGCGUCAAUCUAUGAACCACAUGAUCAAAGCACCGUCCCCGCUUUUCUCCUAUGUGCUUUCGGCUUUCGGGAUGUGGAAAGUUCAUCUUUAUUGUCCGAUCAUCGCGAUGGACGUGGUGAAUACGAGCAAUCCCUCAAUCGAUGAACGGCUUGCUUUCUCUCUGAACUAUAACCAGCUUGAAGGAGUAAUCCAGUUCAAUUACAAACUGACGAUCCGAGAGAAUUGGGUUGAUGUGUUCGUGGACACGGAUAACAUAAGGUUUGACAUCGUUCGACUUGUAUCCGAAACUCUCAUGAAUGAACAAGGGGUAGGAGCAUCUGAAAAGCACUUCCCUUCAAGAAUAUCGCUGCAACUAACACCGGCUGUUCAGAACAACAUCCUGAGUGUUUCGGUGGGCAAGUCUUCGGAGAACCCAACAAGAGAGAUCAGCUCGGAGAAAGCCAUAGAAGCGGGAUUUGAACCACCAAACUCUUACUUGGGUCUCAAGAUUUCGGCCGGAGAGACCAUAACCACGAGCUUAAAGCCAUGGAAGUUUGAGGAAUCUGUCCUGGGCUACAGUGCAAACUUGAAUUGGUUUCUCCAUGACCCAAUUGAUGGAAGAGAGGUCUCCUCUUCUAAGCCCUCGAGACUUGCUUUGCUCAAUCCAAAGGCUUGGUUCAAAGACCGAUACUCGAGCGCGUAUCGGCCGUUCACUCGACAAGGAGGAGUUGUUUUUGCCGGCGACGAGUACGGCGAGGGCGUGAAGUGGAAGCUAUGCAAAAGCGCCAUGGGAAAGACAAUGGAGUGGGAGAUAAGAGGCUGGAUUUGGUUAAGUUAUUGGCCAAAUAAGCAUAGGACAUCCUAUAGUGAGACUAGGAGGUUGGAAUUUAGGGAGACCCUACACCUUACGAUUGCUUAGCCAAUUUGUAAUAGCACGAGAAUAAUUUAUGGCAGAACUUUUUUGGCUUUUUUCGUUAUAUAAUAGAAAAUGCGCUCACAAUAUGCCCUUUUUCCACCUCGGCUGAAAUUGCUGUAAAUAAAAGGAAUUAUAUCAAAAGUGUUUUUACUAA